CUCACGUGUGAACAACUUCGCAAUUGUGACGACGGAUUCGUACAUCCUGCAAAUGAUUGAAGCAACAAUAAUUUAAACCAUUAAAAUCAUUCGCAAAACAGACUAAAUUAAGACGUGUUAGUUCUGAUAUAAUAAAAAAAAAAGUGAAAUUUUAGUCAUCUCAAGUUUCAUACUCAACUGUGCAUCUGACAUCGCCACGACACAUCGAAGUGCAAGCGCACACUUGUCACGCGUGCUGCAGCAACAAGCAUUCCUAAACAUCGCGUAACUCACGUGCGCUCGAGAAAGUAACUCACUUAAUGGUGUCCAACACAUACCCAACAUCAACCGCAGCAACACCCACUCACUUAUGAGUGUUCCCUAGGAGUAACAUAAUCGCAUCGCAAUCGCAACCGCAACCGCGCGGCACAGUGUGAGAAAGCAUAAAUACAUAACGACCAAAACAGUACGAAACGAAAUUUAGUUGAGUGAGGACGACCGAAGCUUUGGCCUCUCUCCGCAGAAAGCACCCAAACGGGAAGUGCAACACACACCACAAGGAAUGUGCGUAGAAGUAAGAAAAAACCGAAGGUGAACAGACAAGUGUGCAAAUAAAUGCGUUGAAAACUGUUCGGUGGAUCAAACAGGGAGAUGUAACAGUCAAAACCAGUGAUUCUCUGAGAAAAAAAUCAAACUUUAAGUGAAAAAAAUGUUUGAAACAUUAGCAAUAUAAUUUAAGACAGUCUAAAACUAAAAUUCCCUCGCACAGUAAAACAAUUAUCACAGUGCAAACUGCACUGCACACACUCUUCGAACUUAUUUCGGAUGUGCUGUGUUUGAGGGUUUCAAAAUUCAAAAUUGCUCAACAAACUAUUUUAUGUGUCGCUGUGACUAAAGUGUGAUUAUGAGCAACCGCUCCAAAAAUUUGAUGAACGAACCAUCAGCCAGAACAGUUCGAGAAUAGCAGAGAUAAAGUGAAAGCUCACUAUUUGAAUCAAGUUGCAAAAACCUAGAAACUAACAAGAUGGGUAGCAGCGAAGCGCAAACUUACUGUCUGCGAUGGAACAAUCACAAGAGCAAUCUGGUCGAAAUUCUGGAUGCACUCAUCAAGAUGGAGUGCUAUGUCGACUGCACGAUCUACGUCGACGACCAGGUCCAGUUCAAGGCUCACCGAGUGGUGCUGGCCGCCAAUUCGCCAUAUUUCCAAUCCAUCUUGCAGGACGUUCCGAUGGAUCACUGCACCAUUCUAUUCCCCGGUGUGAAAGAAUUCGAAAUGCGUGCCCUGUUGGAAUACAUGUACACGGGAGAGGUUAACGUCACCCAGGCCCAGAUUCCACGAAUCAUGAAGAUUGCCGAACAGCUGGAAGUGAAGGGACUGUUCGAUAUGGCCGAUCUAAAAGGACGUUUUGGGAACAUGGUCGACGAGCGGGAACGUGAAUCUAGCUGUAGUAACGGCAAACCUCAUACUCAAACAAGCAAUCAACAGUCUCCACCCGCGGUUAUUUCGACAUCCACGAAUGUUUCUAUUGAUCAAAGCAGUAGUUCAUCCCCGCCAUAUUCGUACAAAUUUCCCUACACCAGCAUGUAUUCCCGCAAGAGUCCUACGGACACCACAGACCGGUCAGAACGUGACCGAGAGAGGGACCACGAUCGCGAUCACGAAGAGCGAGACCGCCGAGAUCAGCCGUCUUCGUUACCCCAACCACCACCGCCGCAUUCAUCAUACUCCCACUCAAGCGAACGUCCCCAGGACGACCAACCACAAACCUCGGCAUCAUCGUCAGUCACCGCUCAACAACAACAAUCACAAAACCAUCGAUGGUCUCUACCCGCUCCGAUCCCAGUCACUCUUCAGUCACCUCAUCAGCUCCACAGUAUGCUCAGCUCGGUGUACGACUCGAACGCAGAUAUGAACCCCUUGAAACGCAAAAAGCUCCAGUCCAUGUCUAGCAUGCUCCGUGACACUCCGAUCCUUCGCAACGUUCUCGCUCAACCGAAUGCAGCCGACUCAUCGCAACCCUCAACGUCCGCCCUGUCGCUCCAAUCGUUACCUGGAAUGAACACUGAACCCAGCGCUACGGUUGUAGCAAGUACUUCGGAAGCAAUUCACCACCCUGCCGACCCAAUCAGUAGUCACCACGCUAACGGCGGUAGUUAUAGACAUGUCAAUGAGCCUCUUUCACCCUUCGGUGAUGGAUCUUACGACGACGAAGCGAUGAUGGACCCCCGUUUAAACUACAACGCUGACGGUCACGCACCCUACGCUUCCCACCAACAACAGAAACCCGAGUGGAAACGCUACAAGCAGUACCUCCGACAAGACCUUAUGAAUGCGGUGGACUGCGUUCGUAAAGGUAUGAGUGCGUUGCAGGCAUCCCGUAAGUUCGGUGUUCCCUCGCGAACCCUUUACGACAAGGUGAAAAAGAUGGGGAUUACUACCGGUCGCCAGAUAAAUCGUGGAAUCAAACGUAGUCCCAGUGCUAGCAGUAGUCCUGCAACGUUCCCCUAUGGUCUAAGCGACGCAACACACAUGUUCACUGCAGGCCCCUCAGGAGAACAACAGAUCCCGUCGCAGUCCCAAAUACAAAGUGGUGACAAGGAAAAAGGCAGGAUGAUCAAUCCUAGCUCGACUCAUCAUUUACCACCAACGAUUCCACAUCCCGCUGCUACUCUCUUGGACCCAACAUUCCUCCAGCAGGCUCUGGAGGCACGGGGAGGAGAUAUCGCAGGUCGAGAAGCACUACAUGCGAUGGCAUUCGCGGCAGCGGCUCACGCUGCGGUCAACGGAAUCAACACCUCGCCAAGAACUCACGGAACGGCGGCACGUUCUCCAAGUCCAAAUGUUCUCAUGAAAUAUAUGCGAUCGGUUUCAAUGGGUCCGGUGGAAGUCCGGGAGCGAACUCGAACGGAGUCCAACGAAGAGGAACGUCACCAUCAUCACCAUCGCAGUAAUGGAUCCGAUACUUACGAACGACCGGAACGAGAACUAAUGGAACAUGAAGAUUCACGGGAUAUCAGCGGCGGUGGCGAUGACAUGGUGGAGGAUCUCUCGAUGACACGACGCGGACCAAGCUCGGACCGUGGAUCGAUAUCACCCCCGCCAAUGCUAGGUCAUUCCCAGCAUCAACCUCCCCCGCCACAUCCACAACACCUCCUUCCACAUCCACCACCACAAAUACCACCCCAGCAGCAGGGUGUGAUAGUCCCGGCGCCUGGCAAAGCCAAAGAAGACUACAACUCGAUGACUAUCAAACGGGAGGUUAUCCCUGAUAGCAAUGUCCACAUGGAGUCGUCAUAGAAGGUUAGCCCUAAUCCAACGGUCGACACACUUUCAUUAUAUGCGUUCGAUGGAAUAUCCUUCCAAGCUCGUACUAUCAAUUGAACUCACCGUUAACUGAGUAAUUGUUAUUUUUCUGUCACCACCUAUAAGUUGUUCCUUUUUUCGUACAGUAGAGUUACCAUUGAAAAACAAAAAGACACGUGAAAGCUCAAAUGAGAAUAACGAAUAACUAAACGAAUUGUUCUCAUUCACACAAGACCGCGCAACAUAAGUUACCUCGAAUUAUUUCAAAUAAUGGUCAUAGAUUAAAUCAUCUACACUUUGUCCCUAAUUCAUUAGCAUCAAAUGAGGAGUCAGCAUAGACUAAAACGAAUCUCCGACCAAACCCACCGAAGCAACCAAAACAUAUAAGUUAAUGAAAUCGAAAAACAAAACAAACAAAAUAGACUGAAUAAACGAAUGUUCCAAUCACAAAUCAUCCACUAAAACAUAGACACAUAACCAGUCCAGUAACUGAGGUGUAAUAACAAAAAGAAAUGCUUUCUUCACGUCUAUAGGAAAUGUUGCUAUCAGAGGUGACUGCAUGUUUUUAAUUUUUUUUUCUUCGACAUUUUUUCAAUUUAUCAUCAUCAAAUCGCAUGCGCGGAGAUGAGAUCGCUUCAAAUUCCGUACUAAAACUGUUAGGUUUGUCUUAAAUUUAAGAUUUAGCAAGUUCCUUCCCGAAUUGUAAUUAUCUCCACAUCGGGAUACCCUGUUUGGUAUUCGUAUGAAAGUCGAGACUUCAAUUUUGUUCUAAACUUCACCGACUAGUGCCUAUCGAUAUACUUGGAAGCGAUCUAACAUUAACUCUGUUUACGCUCAUUAUUAUAAGAUUGUACAUACAGUUUUAGCUUUUUUAUUAGAUGUAAAGUUGUGAAGCCAUAUCUCAAUCGAAGCACAGGAAGGGGGAAAAUAUAUAAAAAAAUCACACACAAAAAGUUAAUUAGUGGUACUAAUGCUGAUAGAACAGCUGUUAGAAAAUAAAAGUGAACAAUGCAUUGAAAGUAGUUAAAUGAAUCGGAUCGCAAUGUGUUUAGUAGAUAACUGUAAUUAUUGCCAUAUUUGAGUAAUGAAGCGGAGUGCGAGAGGAAAUCAAAAACUAUUUUUUCCUAUUAAAACAAGACUGAAAAUCGUUACCGAGAAUGGAAAGCAACGUAAAGGCAAGCAAUGAAGCUAUUAUUAUGCAGAAAAAAGGCUUAUUUGAAAGAGGAGAUGAAAAGAGAACUACAUAGAAAAUAAGUUUGUUCCAACGAUGUAUUGUUUAUAAUUCCUUUUUUGUCACAUAUUUUUUUGAUGAGUUUUAAAGACUGAGUUAUAUUUUUAUCUUUUUCCCGGAAAUAUGAAUAUUGUUACAUAGAGAAGAGUAGACAAAAUAGUGAAACCUGGCAGCGUAAAAAAAUGUAAUAUAUUCUAAAGAUGUAAGUUAAAAAAUUGGAAAAUGCUCAGAUUAAGAUUGAAGCAAAAAAUAGUGCUGGGGCGAUGCAAUACUUUGGGAGUCAAACAAAUGGAGGAAGCACGAAAUUGUCAGAGCCAGCAGCAGUUACACAUGUACAUGGAUAUUUUUCUAAAUGAAAAUAGUACGUCCGGUUAAUCAUCAAAAAUAUUUUUAUACCAUAAUUACGACCGUAGAAUUUGUUAGGUUUUGUUUAUAAAGAAAGAAAAACAAAUUUUAUUUGAAAUUUGAAUCUUAGGGAAUCCACGCUGUAUGUUAUUAGUUGAUCCUAGUAGAGAUAUGGAAGUUUUUCUUUUUUGAAAAAUGAUUCCAGAAAAAGAAAACUUCAAAUUGAAUGUGUAGCAAACUGCGUGAAAUAAAA